AGAAAGAGAAAGAAGCAAUCUACAGAAGCUUUGUCGAGCGAUCACUUCACUUGGGAGUGCGACUGCAACAUCUUCUCGAUUUUGAUGUGACUCUCGCGUUGAUCAUCAUUUCAAAGAUAUAGACCAUGAGUUUAUAUCCUCGGCUCAACCAGCAGACGAGAAACCAUCCAUGUGCGUUCAACCACUAGCGACUACACUUUCUGCUACAAACGAACAAUCGUGCAAUAUGUCUCGCACGACGAUCAAGUCACAAACAUUUGGAUAAUAUUUCAAGUUUCAUCUAAGAAGCAAUAUAGAAAUUUGAACAAAAAGAAUCUUAUGGGAUAUUACUUAAAUGUCUGAAGAUAAGCAGUUACAAUCCUGCAUGUUUGCAAUCAUCAAUCAUCACCAGCAGAGCACCUUAUUUCAAUUAGUUUGCCAGUUGUGUCUACUCAGUAGAGUGUAAAUAAUGGCUGCAUACAUCAAUCGCACAGUGUCUAUGAUUUCUGGAGAUAGUCUUUUUCGCACAAAUGAUAUUAGAACUGACAAUUCUCCUCUACAGAUUUUUGUCAAAGCUAAGAAAAAGAUCAAUGACAUUUUUCAUGAAAUUGAUGACUAUGUAGAUGACACUGUCAGAUUCAUUGGAUCCUUGAAAGAUGAUCAUAAAAUAAUCAGCCUAGAAGAAGUAACUAAGGUAGAAGCUUACAAGAAUAAAGUUCAAGGAAUUAGAGAUGUCCUUAAAAGGGAUCAUAUGAAAGUUGCUUUUUUUGGAAGAACUAGCAAUGGAAAGAGUACAGUUAUCAAUGCUAUGCUGCGGGAUAAAAUCUUACCAAGUGGUAUUGGUCAUACAACCAACUGUUUUCUACAAGUUGAAGGGUCAGAUAAUGAAGAAGCAUACCUUAUCACUGAAGGAUCUAACACGAAACAGCCAGUGCAAUCAGUUGGACAGCUGGGCCAUGCAUUGUGCAAAGAAAAACUAUGUGAAAGCAAUUUAGUUAGAAUUUUUUGGCCAAAAGACAAGUGUCUUCUCUUACGAGAUGAUGUUGUCUUUGUUGACAGUCCUGGGGUUGAUGUUACUCCAAAUCUUGAUGAGUGGAUUGAUAAACAUUGUCUUGAUGCUGAUGUGUUUGUUUUAGUUGCCAAUGCAGAGUCUACACUUAUGAUUGCGGAGAAAAACUUUUUCCAUAAAGUUUCCACUAAACUAUCAAAACCAAACAUAUUCAUCUUAAAUAAUCGCUGGGAUGCUUCUGCUUCUGAGCCAGAGUUUUUAGAUGAGCUGGUCGAUGAACAAAAGGAGGUGAGAGCGCAACAUCAAGAACGUGCAGUUGACUUUUUAUCUAAGGAAUUAAAGGUUUGCAAUCCAAAAGAUGCAGAAGAACGAGUUUUUUUCGUUUCUGCUAAAGAAAUGCUUCAAGCUCGGUUGCAAGAACAAAAGGGCCAACCAGCGCAUAAUGGUGCACUUGCUGACGGUUUUCAGAAUCGUUACUUCGAGUUCCAAGAUUUUGAACGUAAAUUCGAAGAGUGUAUCUCCAAAUCAGCUGUGAAAACUAAAUUUGAGCAACAUUCCCAGCGAGGAAAACAUAUUGCUACAGAAAUUCGACGGACUUUAGAUGAAGUACUCGACCGCACUCAAAAAAUGAAGACGGAACAAAUCACCGUUAAAAAAGAAGUUAACGAUAAAUUAAACUUUACAGAGCAACAGCUGAUGAUACUUACUCAAGAAAUGAAAGAUAAGAUUCACCGAAUGGUGGAAGAUGUAGAACAACGUGUAUCUAAAGCAUUGAACGAAGAAAUUCGUCGAUUAGCAGUUCUCGUCGAUGAAUUUAGCGUUCCUUUUCAUCCGGAACCUUUAGUAUUGAAUGUUUACAAACGUGAACUCCAUGUCCAUGUUGAAAAUGGUCUUGGCUCGAAUUUAAGAGCUCGAUUAAGUACUGCUUUGUCAUUAAACAUAGAAAAUUCGCAAAGGGAAAUGACUGAAAGAAUGUCGUGCUUAUUACCUGAAAAUAAAAGGCAGAUGUCUAUCAAUGUCUUGCCGAGAAGAGAACCUUUCGAAAUUUUAUAUAGAUUAAAUUGUGACAAUCUAUGUGCUGAUUUCCACGAAGAUCUGGAAUUCCGAUUUUCAUGGGGAAUCACAGCCCUUAUUAAUAGAUUUGCUGGCAAACAAAGUCACAGAUUAGCUAUUACGAAUGCUCCACAAGAGAUACCUCAAUCUCUUAUAUCUCCUGCAGACAGUAUAGAUUCUUCGAAAUUUGUCUCAACCUCAAAUUGUUUUGCAACAAGAUCUGAUGAUUGGUCUCUAGCUACAAGGGUAGCAGUAGCCUCAAUAACUUCUCAAGGAACAAUGGGGGGCCUCAUCGUGGCAGGAUUUAUGUUUAAAACUGUUGGUUGGAGACUCAUAGCUGUAACAGGAGCUAUUUAUGGUGCUUUAUACUUAUACGAACGCUUGACGUGGACGAACAAGGCAAAAGAACGAGAAUUUAAAAGGCAAUAUGUGGCACAUGCCAUGAAGAAAUUAAAACUUAUUGUUGAUUUAACGUCGGCCAAUUGCAGUCAUCAAGUUCAACAAGAAUUAUCGAGCACGUUUGCUCGACUGUGCCAUUUAGUUGAUGAAACUACAUCCGAGAUGGACAGUGAAUUAAAAACUAUUGCUGUAACACUUCGCACUCUUGAAGAAGCGGCUACAAACGCAAAAGUCCUUAGAAAUAAGGCAAAUUAUUUAGCAAAUGAACUCGAUUUAUUCGACGCAGCUUAUUUGAAAUCUUUACACUAAAUCGUAUCAAGGUACAUUUUUUCACAGAAUCACGGUCUGAAGAAGUGACAGUUAUGUUCAUGUAUAUAAAAGCUAAGACGAAUUCCCUGAUUACAGAGAAUAACUUGUCACGUUUUAGAGGAAUGUUUCUAUAUUAAAAUUCUAGUCUUACUCCCUCAAUCUCUUUGUUUAGUUGUCUAAAAAUAAUGAUUGAUUUUUUUAUUUCAUCAAAAAUCAAUUUCAUUUCAGAACAAAAGAAAAUUUUUCUAGCAAUGAUUUAUUACAUAACUGAUAAAAUACUGGUGUUGUUUUUAAUAUGAUUUCUUUAUAAUUGAGCUAUAUGUAGAUUUAUAAAACUUUAACUUUACCAUUAUAAUAAGCUGCGCCUUAUAGACAUUAGCUAAACUUAAUAUGUAAACGAUUAGAAAUUUAGUAUAAUAAAUGAUUUAUUGUUAAUAAAAACAU